AUGCUCUUCCUAUUCCUCGCAACGAUCUGCGUCAAUAUGUUCUUCGAAGCUGGCGCAGUUAGCUGGACCUCGACACCCUUCAGUCCUCCUUCCGUUCCGCUCGCUGUACGAUCACCGUAUCUGUCUGUCUGGUUGCCCCAAGGUGCCGGCAGCGCUCUCAAUGACCAAUGGCCACAAUUCUGGACUGGGCAGGAUAUCAUCGGCUGGGCAGGGUUCGCCAAAGUUGACGGCACAGCCUAUGUCUGGAUGGGUUCACCCGGGGUACCCAACGUGACCUUCACCAAAGCUACUCAGAAGAGCCUCCAAAGUAACUUCGUCCCGACGGCUGGCCCAGUCGAUCUCAACAUCACAUUUCUCAGCCCUGUGGAGCCCAGCGAUCUCGUGAAUCAAUCACUUCCUUUGUCAUAUUACUCUAUCUCAGCAACGUCGAACGAUGGGAAAUCGCACAACGUCCAAAUAUACGUUGAUAUCUCUGGGGAAUGGGUGGGCGGAACUCGAGACGGCGUCCCCCUCAUUAAUUGGAAUACGACAUCCGGCGAUGUCACGAACCAGAUGCAGUAUGCCAGUGACAUUGAUCAUAUUUCACAAGGAUCCGCGUAUCAUUCAACCCUGAGUGUGACGGGGACGACGUACCAAACGGGACAGGAUGCCGUUGUCCGUGCGCAAUUCGUCAACAACGGCAUUCUCAACAACACACUAGACACGGAUUUUCCGCCUGUUGUCUACUCAGUUGGGCACGCGCGAGACCCCGCCAUCCAGUAUAUUGUGAUCAAUAACGGACGACAAGAACAAAGCUCGUAUUUCUGGAGCCGUUUCUCCGCCAUGACAGAUGCGAUUGAGACGUUCUUGAAGGACUACGACGACGCGCUGAUCAGGGCUGAUGAAUACGACAAGCAGAUUAACGAUGCUGCUAGCAAGAUCUCAUCGGACUACGCCUCCUUGGUUGCCCUAUCAAUCAGGCAAACGUUUGGUACCAUCGAGAUAACCGCUCCGAGACAAAGUGACGGGUCUCUAGAUACCUCGAAGGUCCUCACAUUUACGAAGCGUUCAAUCAAGACCGUGAAUACUGUGGAUGUCAUCUACCCGUCUUGGCUGCUAUUCCUCUACUCGAAUACCGUGCUUGCUAGAUCUCUGAUAGAACCUCUCCUUCAAUACCAAAGCACCGGGCAAUAUCCUAACGCUUGGUGUGUCCAUGAUAUGGGGUCGAAUUACCCGAACGCUACUGGGCACAACGAUGGGCUGGACACGCCAUUACCAAUAGAGGAGAGUGGGAACAUGCUCAUCAUGGCGCUGAGCUACACGCAAUGGUCAAGUGACUUGGAUCUGAUCAAAACUUACUUCGACAUUCUUGAGCAAUGGACGCAAUACCUUGUUGCCAACACGUUAUACCCAGCAAACCAGAUGAGCUCCGACGUCUUUACUGGUCCACUUGCGAACCAGACAAACCUUGCAAUCAAGGGUAUUAUUGGGAUACAGGCAAUAGCAGAGAUGGCAGCAUUGACGGGUGAUUCCGCGAGGAGCGCAAAUUAUAGCUCAAUCGCAGCAACAUAUGUACAACAAUGGCGACAGCUGGCUACGUCCGCUUCUGGCUCCCAUCUCAUACUUGCACUACUUCGAACGAACAUCGUCCCAUCGGAUGUCUACGAUAUGCUUACCAGCUGGUAUAAUGGGAAAGCCGAUACAUAUGGACUCAUCCUCGAUACUCGCAACACCUACACGAAGCCGGAUUGGUCCAUUUUCACGGCAGGAAUAGUCACAUCCACCGACGUACGGGAUCAGAUUGUCAGCGCCGUUGUGAUGUUCGCAGCCGAUGGGCAGAAUAACUUGCCACUCGCCGAUUGGUACGACGUCAACACUGGCAGACAGGAGGCGUCGUCGGCGAACUUCGCGCGUCCGGUAGUCGGGGCCCAUCUCGCUCUGGUGCCCGCUCCAAACACGACAUUUCCCAGUUCGGGCUCAACAGGCGGGCCUAUCGGACCAAGCAGCAGCCCGGCCUCCCCCAAGCCGAGAAAGUCGGGUUCUCCAGCUACAAAGGGAUACGGAGGGGCGGUUAUCACGUUUACGUUGCUUGCUGUUUUAUGCACCACCAUCUGUCUAGCCGAUACUAUGCUGUAA